CCACCUAAACCCAUUCACUAACAUUUGUUCCUUCUAAAGUGAAAAACCGCGUGCAUUUGCAUUUUCCAUUAUUCCUUUGCACCAAAAAGCAUCUAAAUCCACUAUUGGUAGCACAGUUUCUUUGUCAUACAGUAGUUGGUUUUGAUGGAAACCCAAUUUUCUCCUUUUGUACCUGCUCUUUAGCUAAGCUCCAUCCUGGUCUUACACCAUGGUCAAAUUUCUUGCUUUUGGGAAAAGAUUGAAGAAUGGUUCAUAAAGCUGAUUUAGUUAUUAUUGGCAUCUGUGUCGGUGUGGCUUUUGGAAUUCUCAUUGCAUCACUUGUGUUUUUUGGAAUUCGGUGGUACACAAGGCGUGUUCAUCUUCAGCACCAUCCAAAUGAGCGAAGUGUAGCAACUCUUCCAAUACGGACAAAUGGACAUGAAACAAGCAUUGAUUUUAGUGCAUCUCUGUCGAAUUCUGUAGCUAUUAAGACAUCAGGGUUUCCUGCCACAAAUUCACAGCACAGUUGGUGGAGUCACCCUAGUAAAGAUCAAUUUGCUUCAGCAUCUGGAAUACCAAGAUACUCUUACAAGGACAUUCAAAAAGCUACCCAGAACUUCACAACCAUCCUGGGAGAGGGCUCUUUUGGCCCAGUAUACAAAGCUACAAUGCCUGCUGGUGGAGUAGUUGCCGUGAAAGUUCUUGGUACUAACUCAAAACAAGGAGAGAAGGAGUUCUUUACAGAGGUAACACUUCUAGGUAGGCUUCAUCAUCGGAAUUUGGUAAAUUUGGUGGGCUAUUGUGUGGAUAAGGGACAUCGCAUGUUAAUCUAUGAAUUCAUGAGUAAUGGAAGUUUGGCAAACCUUUUAUACAGCGAGGAAUACACCUUGAGUUGGGAAGACCGGUUGCAAAUAGCCCUUGAUGUUUCACAUGGCGUUGAGUAUCUCCACGAUGGGGCAGUUCCCCCAGUGAUACAUCGUGAUUUGAAGUCUGCCAAUAUAUUGCUAGAUCAAUCUCUUAGAGCUAAGGUUGCUGAUUUUGGGCUGUCAAAGGAAGAGGUGUUUGAUGGACGGAACUCAGGCCUUAAAGGUACAUAUGGCUACAUAGAUCCAAUGUAUAUAUCCACAAGCAAGUUUACAACAAAAAGCGACAUAUAUAGCUUUGGCGUUAUCCUUUUUGAACUGAUUACAGCUAUUCAUCCACAUCAGAACUUAAUGGAAUAUGUAAAUCUUGCGGCUAUGAGCUUUGAUGGGGUUGACGAGAUCCUGGACAAGAAACUUGUUGGGACAUGCAGUUUAGAGCAAGUGAGAAGUCUCGCUGCAAUUGCUCAUAAAUGCAUACACAGAACUCCUAGAAAGCGUCCUUCCAUGGGCGAAAUUUCGCAUGCAAUACUGAAAAUAAGACAGAGGCGCCUUGUCAAAGAAGAUACCAUGUCCUUUACCAGUUCAAGAAUGGCAGGUAGGAUAGAAAAUCAGGAGGUUGAAUUAAGAAACAUGGCCAGCAUUACUGAGAGAGAAGCUGAAUGACUAUUUACAACCCUGAGCACCUUGUCUUUCAUUGCUUGAGCUUAUUUUUGCAGCAUCAAAGAUAUAGGAAAGCCAUCAAAGCA